AUGACAGAAUCUCACAGACAUGACGUGCAUUCAGAAUACACAAGCAGCGUGCACGAGUUCGACAACAACUUACAUAGAGCAUUUCACAGCGUUCUCCGCUGUCCACCAGAACUUUGGCGAACCAUCCUGCAAUUCUGCGCGUCUCUCCCGCUACAGGCGUUUCGAAUCAGGACUCUGCGAGGAAUACCCCGGAUGUUUGUCUUGCGUAGAGCAUUUUUCCUCUUCUGGACAUUAACCGUGAUAUUGUUUGUGUACCUCAAGUGGUAUUUCCCUUUAUACUUAGAAAGCACCGUUAGUCGUAACAGUUUAGAGGAAUUUGGCAGAGACUGGUGUCGAAUGCGGAGGGUCGCAACGGAUUGGGAACUAGUCAGUAGCCCUUGCAGAGGAAUGACAAAGUUUAGCGUCAGUCUUCUAGGAUGGGGACUGGAAAAUAGGACAGACCCUGCUCAGAGUUAUAUUCCUAUUAUGGACAUUAAACCCGCAGGUGAUUUUAGCAGGUUUAGUAUCCAGUCCCAGACAUCUAACGGCCAACCAAAGACAGUGGGAGGUGAUGACUGGCGAGUCUUUAUUUGGGGACCAACUGCGCUUGCUCCGACUGUGAUUGAUCACGAGAAUGGAACGUAUGAGGUGUUUUUCCUUAUCUUGGAGCCUGGGACCUACCACGUAUCAGUUGUUCUGGAUUACUCCUUAUGUGACGGAAUGAAGAAUCCGCCAGAUUACUGGUUUAUGCUUGGUAUGUUACCAUGGUGACCAAUCCAGGUUGACAGGUGUGAGUUGGAGGUCGUAGGAAAGGGUAGAAUUAGAGGAUUAGAAUAGGAUUCUAGAAAACUGUCCACCUACCCCUCCAAAGACCCAAAAUUUUGCCCUAAGCAAGAAGGUAGUGUUGUUGUUGGCUUAGGAGAGGGGUGAAUGGGGAGUUUACCAGAAUCCCAUACUAAUCCGAAUUAAAAAUAAAAGAAAAACGUCUGACCAUUUAUGAGUUCCAAAUUCUUGAGGCGACUUGAAAUCAUGGUAUGGGCAAGGUUUCUAAGCACUUACAACAACAAAAAGAUGACAACUGUACUAAUCGAACUAAGCAUAAUUCGUUACUCUCCACACCCAUUCUUUUAUGUCUAUUGUGUGCCCUCGCACACCAUCCACGGUUUACUAUAUAUGAGCCACUGUCCUCACGAAGCCCAUGAUAUUUACUGUGCUUUUCACAAACAUGCGAACUCUAAAGUUCAAAAGCCGCCUUCACAAUUGCGUUUUUGGCUGCCGUCAAUCAUAAUUACGAUUACAAGCAACGAACCUUGAAACAAAGAAACAUACGAAACGGAUCGAAAUCCUCCAAUCACGAAUCAGAAACCAUGACCUUUUGAACCCGUUAAAGUAAAGUUUUGUUUCCUAAGAGGUCCGUUAGGAUGAUUGACGGCAGCGAAAAACGCGAUCGUCAGUUGGCUUUUGAACUUCAGAAUUCGCAUGUUUGUGAAAACCGCAGUAACAUGUUACCAAAAAAAAAAAAAAAAUGGGUUGAAAAAAUCCAGCAGAAAGAUUGCAACAACUGUUAUAGGCAUUGAACUCCUCCUUUGUAUUUUCUUAGGAAAUAUCCAUGGCAACGGGCAGCCGCAUGGAAUUUUAUGGGAACCUUAUGUCUACUUACAAACACCUCUGUGGGAAGGGAUACCCCUGACCAUAACGGUACCACCACCGUCAGGACCCACUAGAUACGAAGGUGAGAUUUGAUACCAGGGUAGUCACAAUAUGGUUUAAGUUACUGGGACUACUUGGUGGAAUUUUGGCAAACACUCGUCUCAUAAAUUGCUCAAUACGUGGUGUAAACCUCUUAACACAUUCUUUAGUGGAACAUGUCUCUUGCAUGCGCUUUAAACACUGAAAUAUAUUGACAUUUUCCUGACAAAAUUUCUCUUCAGAAUUUCUGAGUUACGGGCUUGGAAUUCCUUCGGCAUGUAACCGAAACUGUAAACUAUUAUGGGAUGGCUUUGGGCGCUGGAUCAAUGGGAGCUGGAAACCACAGGUGGCAGGUGAUAAACUCAGUACUCAUCACAUCAAGCUCUGUUAUGGUGUUCAAAAGCCUUACUUGAAAUACAGUGGAAACCCGUUAAUACGGUCACCAAUGGGUCAAAAAAAAUUGGCCGUAUUAACGGGGUGGCCGUAUUAUCGGCGCAGGCUCAAAUUCCAUGACUUGAGAACCGUAAUGACCUGAGUACACCGUAUAUAGCAUUUGCAUUUCUUGAACGACUGUUCGCAUUGAUAAACAACCGCAGUGAAGAUAUCUCAUACAGUAAUUGAAAAAACUACUUAAAAUUUUCCUUUAGUAAAUAAAACACUUUCAAAACUUAGCUAUAAAAUCGCAACAAGUGCACUUUGUGUGUACUGUAGUCUAAAAACAGUACAAAAGUAGGCUCAGAGUACUAGGUCAAUAAAAUUGACAUGUCACAGGCAUUUUAAUUUUCUAAAUUUCGAAGAAGUGUCCGUAUUAACGGGGUGAAAUUAUAAGAGAUUCUACUGUUUGGGAUAUUAAAAUGUUGGCGUUGGCCGUAUUAACGGGUGACCGCACAAACGUUUUUUUUUGUUAAGGAAAUGUGUGACCGUUUUGCCGGGUCGAAAAGAAGUGGCCAUAAUAACAAGGUGACCGUAUUAUCGAGGUGGCCGUAAGGCGGGGUUCUACUGUAAGCCGAGAUAAACAAUUUCAAACCUUCCUUUUCUUUGGAUAGAAGACGUGCCUGUAAUUAGGUUGAUUCUUAGGCUGGAAGAAGCUGUGUCCACUACUAUAAUAGCCUCACAUUUCUUUAAUUCUUUUAGACAAGACUAAGAGCGGACCUCCUGCUUAAGACUGACCGUUUACUAAUUCCAACAAUGAACUAUUAACUAAUUCCAAAACGUUACAUACCUACUUAAUCUUAAACUUACUUUCUACAUUACGCUUAUGAGCAUAACUUUAAUUAUAUGGCCAUUGUCGUCAGGACUAAUCAGUUUUAAGAUGUGGUGGAUUUUUCUUCUAAGCAAUACAUCCAUUCCUUUGACUACAUGGUAAUCCAAAACUAUAUCAUAAUAGGCUCGCACAGUUUUCGUUGCAUGCGUCUUUUUUCUCUCUCAAUGUACAAAGAAAUGCUUAAAAUGCAUUCACAUCUAUACCCUUAAAUCCUUUUCCUUUUUUUCGCAGGCUUAUGGCGGGAUACUUCGCCGAGGCAUCGAAAGGGAAUUCUGUGGAUUUAUGGGGAUUCAAACGCAGGAAGAUUUUAUCGCUCUAUCCGCAAGACGCCUCUUUGCAAAACAGUUUUUAAAGGCUGUACCUUUUCUUACAACUGGAUUUAUCCAAUUAAAAACGCUACCGUGGAAAUGAACCAAAGGAACUUUCUUCCUAUCAAUAUAACCCGAGUUUUAGAAGCUAUCGCAAAUGUCAUUCACUCGCCUCACAUGAACGACAAAAACAGCGUUAUUCUUCUCAAUCAUGGCUUACAUUUUAUAACUUCGACAAACUUUUCAACCUAUCGUGUAGUAAUCGAUAGGAUCGUAGAUUUGUUUAAAGGGACAAAGAAAAAUGAUCAAGGUGAGGAAGAACUAAAAUUCAAGGGGAAAAUGAUCUGGAAGACAAACGCGGCCAUACGCCGAGAAAGACUGAGACUUCCGCAUCACCACAAAAGGAGGUUUUUAACGCGACAGGUAUUGCUGACUUUUGUUCAUCAGUUUAACAUAGGAACGAUACGGGCUUUUCACUGACUCAACCAGAAAAAAAGUACGCAGGUGGGAAAAGCAAAGCUACUUAGCUUGUCACCAGUGAAAUUAUAAUUGAAUACCUCUGAGGAUGCGAAUCGUUCGGGGCAGAAUAUCUUUUUUGACGGCUUUAGCUGUUUUUUUUUUCAGUUGUUUAUUAGAAGAUACAAGCCACAGUUAUACAUUUUAUCAACUGACUGUUUUUCAGUCUUGUCAGUCUUGAAGCUGAUUUUGAGAAAAAAGAAAAACAAACAAAUAAACAAAAAACUGACACAAAAACAAAACAAAACAAUAGUUACUUUAGCUUUUAAGACCACUAAAAAGUAUUUGAAAAACCAGUAACACAUUACUCAAUACUUUUUGUCAAACAUUCAUUUUACACUGAAUAAUUCGGUAUCUACCUCUUCUUUUUUUUUUUUUCAGCGAGUCCAGCUAUACAACGCGUACGCAACCUGGGCCAUGUGUAGAGCAGGUUUUGAGGUGUUAGAUGUUUAUCCACUUAGCGCGUCCUUUCCGAAUGGUACAGACAACAGUUACGAUCCGUACGACAGUGUGCAUUACAAAGACAGCGUGUUUAAGCCAGCGGAGGAAAUUCUUCUGGAAUAUUUUAAGCCUUGGAUUGACGAACACAAUGACGAAAGACGUAGCGGAACCCGGAAAUCAACCGUUUGA